AGACGGGCUGACACGCUCACUGAAAUGGCUGCUGCGUCUGGGCGCACGAUGUAUCUAGGCGAGGGGGCUGCGAAGGACGAGCGCGAUCGUCAAUUUGCGGCGUUGAAGGGGAAUACAAGAGGACCUGUUCCAGAUAGGUAUGCGGAUGCGGAUGUGCAGAGGGGGAUUUACGGGAUGGAUUGCAUGGGGGUUGCGGAUGAGGAGUUUGAUCGGUUGUAUAAUGAGACACCGGAGAAUUAUAUGAUCUGUCGGAUUGAUGCGAAGCUGUGAUGUUGAAUACCUUUACAUAGACUGAAUAUUGGUGUCUAAUCGCUGUUUUCAUAUAUGACGGAUUCUGUCGUCAUCCAGCAGACUCUUCACUUGACAUUGAAAUUAACAUCUUCUCAAUAACACCAUCAUCCCACAAUGUCUCUAUUAUCGACAAUUCUACCCUGGCACAUCGUGAGUCGCAUCCUCAGCUCUCUGCGCAGAAAACCAACGAUAUUCAAACUCCCCCACGAACUACGCGUACAGAUCUUCAACUCCCUAUCCUUGACAUCGCAGGCAUGUUUCGCACUCACCCGCAAAGCAUUCUACGAGGAAUUCAGCUGGGUACUAAAAGAUGAAGAACUGGGCUUUCCGAAAGUCUUCCUAGACGAAGCGCGCUAUACCAGGUCAAACCAUCUGACCAGCGCACGGCGUGAUCUUCUCGUUCAUCGCCUACAGACAAAACACUGGCUGUACUGUUCCUCCUGCCUGAAGGCACAUCCGCCGAGAGAGUUCGUCUUCAAGCAGCGCAUGCUGCAGCCAGAGGAUAGAGCGUGUCGAUACCCUGGUGUUGUGAUUCUAUGUGAUUGUCUGCAUUUGACUCUUCGAGGAAAACGCCAGGUUUUUGGCAUGUUGAAGCGCAUGAGAUAUGCUUCUCGUGUCACAUGGCAUGAGUGUACUGUUACAAAUCACCCAUGGGCAAAUGUCGAUAUCGAGGUUUCGUUUGGUUUGAGUGAGGAUCAGUACUUGCUUGCUUUUGUGGAGUAUAUUGUUCGGCCGCAUGAUAUCGGCAAGGCGCUCUGUGGAAGGUCUAUAAACUGCUGCCCUCAUCGAGACAUACUCGACUUCCUGUACACACAUGACAAACGUUUUGAUUGCCCGGACUGCCCGACUUCCAUGGAGGUUACUCAUGCUCGUUCGAGAUUCAUCCUACGAGUGGUGCGCAAUCUGGGGAUGGAAAAUGUUCGCCCUCCAUCUGACUAUGCCUGGGAGGAUCAGCGGCAGUGGGUAUUCCCUCAUGCGUAUAAUUGUUUCUAUCAAUAG